ACCGUGGACCGCGCCGGAGACCCUCGGCGCGGCCUGGUUGCCGAGGCGACCGUUGGGCUGCGGCCGCUGCCGCUGCUGCGAUGGAGGGUCCUAGAGGCCGCUGAAACUCCGCGUUGGAGCGACGGUCGCGACCAUGUCACACGAAGGCUCGAGGCAGGCGCGAGACCGUGGGGUGACUCGAUCCAAGGCGGAGAAAGCCCGGCCGCCCACCCAGCCGGUGCCGCAGGUGGACAUCGUGCCUGGGCGGCUCAAUGAGGCGGAGUGGAUCGCGUUUACGUCCCUGGAGGAGGGCGAGGACGUGGUGGGGGACAUCUUGGCCGAUCUUCUGGCUCGAGUCAUGGAGUGUGUCUUCAAAGUUUACCUGACCCAGCAGUGCGUCCCAUUCACCAUUAGCCAGGCCCGAGAGGCCAUGCUGCAGAUUACUGAGUGGCGCUUCCUGGCCCGGGAUGAGGGAGAGUCCGCAGUGGCCGAGGACCCCACGUGGGGCGAGGACGAGGAGCCCCUGGCAUGCACCACGGACGCCUGGGCCCAGGGCUCCGUGCCUGUCCUGCACGCACCGGCGCCCGACGGUGUGGAGGAGCACUCCCAAGGCGAAGAACCUGGGGACCCGGACCAGUUCCUUUCGGGGUCGCCGUGGUCGGACAGAGAGUCCCAGGAGCCGACACAGUCUUCAGAGCCGUCUGAGUCCAGGGGCACCCGGGGACCCACGCCCAUCUUCGAGACGUCCCAGGAAGCUGAGCCUGAAGACGCCCUCGAGGAACCCGACGGGCAGGAGGGCAGCCACACACUGGCUGUGUCCUCGAAGGAGUCUCUCCAGCCGACUCACACCUCGGCCAGGUCCUCGAAGGAGUCCCUGGUCGCGCGCGCCCACAGUCGCCAGCCGUCCCUGGGGCUGCCCCAGGCCGGGCCCCCGGCGUUUUCGGUGAAGGAGCUCUACCAGUGCUUGCUUCAGCCAGACGGGGCGGGGGACCGGCCGGACCUCGCGGGCAAGGGCCGGCCCCGCGCCUUCUCGUCGGGGUCCGUGUCCCUCCUCCGCGCGCUCACCCCGGAAUGGCACUCCGGGUCGGCGCAGUCCGAGAGGCCGCCGAGCCGCAAGACGCCCAUCGUGCGCCUGGACCCCGCGCGGCUGCCCCGCCGCUGGGUGCGCCCGGUGGCCGAGGUGCUGAUCCCCGACGCCGAGGUGCGCGCCUUCGAGAUAUACCGCGGGCGCCCGCGGCGGGAGCGCAGCCAGGCGGGCGCGCGGACGUCGAGUGUGUCCGUGGACCAGCACAAGGGAAGAGACCGCCUGAUGCAAAUGGGCUUCACUGCAGCAGAGCGUGGGGCCUUGGCGCCCUCGGAGCCUUCUGAAGAACAUUCCUUUUCAGGAGAUCUGCAUUUUACUUAG